GAGUCUUCCUCUGUUUAAUAGGGUACCUGAUAGCGUCACCACUAAAGAUGUCUAGAUUUGCUGUACUUAUAUUGUUGUUUGCGGGAACUGUUCCACUGCUCGAUGCCACUUUCUGGCCAGUGACGUGGGUUUAUUCAUGGUGGUAUCCGGAGCCUGUAAUCUACAACGUGCAGCCAAACUAUGGUGCUCAUCCUCAACCAUAUGGUCCUAUGCCCGUUAAAGUGGUUACACAUAAGUCACCAUCUCCAGCGUUAGGUGAGAUUGGAGUAACAUCAAUACCCAGGCCUUUCCCAAAUAAAACUACACCUUUAUCUGUUGUCACAGAGAGCUCGAAAAACGUUGAAUCUGAAUCAAUCUCUAACUCUUCAGUUGGAAUACAACUGAACACAACUCUCAUUGUUAAGAUGAAGGAAAAAUCGUCAAUACCUUUUAUUGCUACGGGACGUCAGAGCACAGCGGACAGUGAAAACGUGACUUUGGAAGAUAUAGGUUUAGAAGCUGACAAUAAAGAAAGUUCAAGGCAUCAAACAACAGUUUUAGAGAUCUACACUGAGCAAGUGUCAACCAAUCUAUCAACAGAAGAUACUUCCACGAUCUACCAAACAACGUCCUAUCCGCUAUUAAAUACCGGCGCCUCUGCAACUCAGAUUUCAGAUUCACAAAUACUGGCAUUCAGCGGUUUAAGAAAUGCCAAUUCCAAUGAUACAGCGGAGGCUUUAAAGAAAAACUUAAACGACAAUAUACUCAACAACACAACAGGGAUUCAAACUAACUUGACUGACGAACAGCGCCCUCUUUUGGUGGAGUCGACCUUAACCAGUAACGAAACGACAAAUCCAAUUAGUGAUGCACUCUUGCUAAAGAAAAAGAAAAGCAACAAAAUAAAUAGUUCUCGAAAACAAAAACUUUUUAGCUUAAAUUCACGAGUGCCAUACGAUGGUUUUGACUAUUUCCGGUAUAAUAAUAUUAAUAAGUAAGAGUUUGAUAUUUCUGUGUUGAUUCACUUCUUUGAUGAAAACUUACUACCAUGGAUGUUAGAAAGAAUAGUUAUCUUUAUCUAAGUUGUGUAGUUUAGGGUGUUUAAAGCAUUUAGACACCGUUUCAAAUAAAAUUUCGCUAUUACUUUCUUGGA